UUCGCUCACACACGAACAAAACACUGUGGAUGGGAUGUGUGAUUUUGGAUGCGUCGGAAUGGAUGCUCGGGGAAUCCAGACGGCCAUGGAUGGCGCGUGGGGGGCGCUUAUAGGGAAGCUGGAGGCGAUCUGAUCGGCGAUUCUCGGCAGGAUUGGCGUGCGCGGCAAGGAAUAUUGCGCUGGAUCGCAAUUCGCGAGGUCUGUAGCGUUUCGAGAGGGGGAUUGAUCCAAGGGGGGAAUUCUAUGCUCCAGAAUUACUCGCCUGUAGCGCCGCGCUUGGAUUUUCCUGUGGAGGGCCUGUGAAUGGCUGUUAAAAGGAAGGAAAUGGGAGAGAAGUCGAGGAUAACACUGAGACAAAGGCUACAAGCGGCAGUACAGAGUAUACAAUGGACUUAUGCUGUUUUCUGGAAGCCAUGUCCACCUCCACAAGGGGAGCUUGUUUGGUCGGAUGGAUACUACAACGGGAGUGUGAAAACGAGGAAGACGAUCAUAGUUUCCAGAGAACGGAGCCCGGAAGAACACGGCCUACAGAGAAGUGACCAGCUGCGAGAACUGUUUGAGAACUUGUCAGCGUCCGGAGAUGGUAGCCAGUCCUCGACAGCCACCCGGCGCCCGACUGCUGCGCUCUCGCCCGAAGACUUGACGGACACCGAGUGGUUCUACUUGGUUUGCAUGUCGUGUACGUUUGAUCCAGGCACCGGAAUACCUGGACAAGCUUUCUCGAAAGGACGUCCUGUCUGGCUUUGCAAAGCUAAUGAAGCGACUACCAAGGUUUUCUCGAGAGCGUUACUGGCAAAGACUGCGUGCAUUCAGACAGUUGUGUGCAUUCCCAUGGCCGAGGGUGUUUUGGAGCUUGGCUCGACUGAGCUUGUCCGAGAGGAUACGUCCAUUGUACAACACGUUGUCAGCUUCUUUGUUGAGCUUGCAAAGCCAACUGUUUCGGAGCCGUCCAUCUCGAGCUCUCAAAGCGGUGAGAAUGGACACCAAGACCUUCGCCCCUCCUCACAGGAUGGUCCUUCCAGCGAGCAGCCUAGGCAACGACAGAAAAUGGAGAGAUGCAGUGCUUUCCAGAGCUGGAAAGAGUUUCAAAGACAGGCUUCAAUAUCAUCGAGCCAAGUGAAAAGCCAAUGCCAGGCAAUGCUUAAAAACGUACUCUUCCGGGUUCCUCACAUGUACACAGCAGCUGAAAAGUCGGAGGCUGCCAAAAUGAACGACAGUGGAGGAGAUAGUCAGUCGAAAUCAGUGUCAAGAAAGGAGGACGAUGUCAACACCGCUCACGCGAUGCUGGAGCGCAGGAGAAGGGAGAAGCUCAACGACAGAUUUUUGAUGCUGCGAAACAUGGUUCCUUUUGUCACCAAGAUGGACAAGGUGUCGAUCUUGGGAGACGCGAUUGAGUACCUGAGGCAGCUGCAAAGGCAAGUCGCUGAUCUCGAGCAACGGAACAAAGUUCUCGAGGCAAGGCUCAGAGGACAGGACGUACCUGUUGAAGCCGAGAAAGCUCAAAGCAGUCCUCCACAGGAUCAUCCGCAAGAGAAGCCAGCGCCGCAGGACAUGGCAGUGGACAUGGAGCCAGAGGAUAGCUUUCCAAUGUCCACAACUUACAAGCUGGGACCGGACAGCUCCAGCUACAAAGCCGAGAUCCAGAUGCAAGACGACUUCACAGCUCUCGAAAUCGAGUGCUCCUUCCGGCAAGGAAUCCUUCUGGACAUCCUCGCGGCCCUGGACAAGCUCAACCUCGACGUCUCCACGGUCGAAGCACGGACACCCGACCAACGAACGUUUUGUGCCAGCCUCAAGGCAGAGGCGAAAGAUUUGCCGAGAGCAAGCGAGCAAGAUAUAAGCGAAGCUCUCCAGAGAGUAACGCGGCCUCUGUCAUCCUAGAAGUUUGUUACUUCAAUUGCUAUGAUUUUUCAUC